GUUGUCACAUUCCGAGCCACUCUAACCAAUUCCAAGCUUCUCACGCCCAUACAGGACUGGAUACAAACCGAUGGAUUCAUUCCCAUUCAGAAUGUACUGAUUGAGGUGGACAAGUCUUGUCCUGUGCAGAUAUCGAGCCUUGCAGACACAGAGUGCACCAAUCAGCCUACAGCUGCAGGGAGCAGUGACAUAGCCACUGUGGUUGGUGGAGUGGUCGGGGUGGUCCUUGUGGUCGGUUUUGUUGUUGUAGUAAUUGCUGUACUGUUGUUUAAGAGCAGGAGAGAGAAGCUAACUGUCCACAGAACCAGAAAAAAUGAAGUAACACCAGUGUCGCUAAAGGGUGUGGUCAGUACUGGUGAGAUACAACCAUACGAGAUGAUGGAAAUGGGUCACGAAUACGAGGAAGUGUCCAAGUUCCAACAAGCCGUCGAUGGAGAGUAUGAGAUCAUUGGAGCACCCUCACAGACAACUGGCUCCGAGGGCAAGGCUCCUAUAAAGACUGAGUUAUCACCACCCACUCCACAACCCACUCCACCCACACCACAACCCUCACAAGCAACUAAGCCUGCCGGAAAUGAUAUUGAGUUUACAGAGUGCGUUGCCUACAGCACGACCACCCACAUUCGCCCCCCACAGUCCACAAGUUUAUGAGCACUGAAAUACCCCCCUGGCCCUGUCCUGGCCCUGUAUGCAAAUUGACUGUAAAACUGUGACGCAUAAUUUUAUCCUUAUAGAUUUGCACAUUAGUUUGUGAUCUUUUUAAUAUAUGUGGUGUGGAUUCUCGUUAAAUCAUGUAC